AACUCGGAGGUGUGAGGGAGGGGAAAGGGAGAGACCGGAUUGGAUGAGACCCGUAGGGGUCACAGCUGGGGAGGGCUCUGGUCUAGGUGGAGUCACGACCCAGUGGAGGUCUCAACUGGGGGGGUGACGGUCGACAAGGGUCACGACCUGGGACCCACAACCUGGGUCACAACCUGGUCACGCGCGGGGGAGGGGUCUCGGCGUCACUAGGUCGCAGGGAAGGAGGGGUGACCAGCGCGGAGGGGGUUCACAGCCUGGGAGCCGACGCGGGAGCAGAGCCACGAGGCCAGGGAGGAGGCAGACGGUAGCAGACGCCAGGGGGCGCAGCAUGGGUUUCCUGACUGCAGUGACCCAGGGCCUGGUGCGGGGAGCCGACAGGAUGAGCAAGUGGACAAGCAAGCGGGGACCACGCACCUUCUACAAGAGCCGGGGUGCCAAGAGAACUGGCAUCUAUGUCUCUGGUUGGAAGUUUGUGCAGGUAAAGGAAAUGGUCCCAGAGUUUGUCGUCCCAGACCUGACUGGCUUCAAACUCAAGCCCUACGUGAAUUACCAAGCUCCCGCAGGAGUGGACACACCCCUGACAGCCAAAGCUCUCUUUAUGGAAUCCGUUGCACCUGCUAUUGAAAAAGACUUCAAAGAAGGGACUUUUGAUGUGGACGACCUGAAGAAGUACGGCUUCGAGCCCACACAAGAAGGCAAGCUCUUCCAACUGUAUCCCAAGAAUUUCCCACGCUAGAAGAUAAAGUGACAGUGACCACAGGUUUGCCUACAAACUGGAGGCCACGCUACUGACCAAGCAGAGGAUUAAGAGGGCCUGGAAGAGUGGGGGCAGCUUCCUUCUGCAUCUGUAUUAAAGGCCUUUAGUAUCCUGUA